CCCUCGCCGAAAUCCACGUCUGUCCUCCCCCACCCCGCUUCCUCGACAGGACUCAAUUCGCCCAGUAUGAUGUCCUGCAGUCGUCGCCUCACGACCCUGGCGUCGUUCCGCCCGCUCGCCGUCCGCGCCUACUCCUCCACGGUGCCCCGGCUCUCCGAGAACCGCAUGCCGGCCAAUGACCCGAACCCGCCCGCGGUCAAGCCCAAUGUCUCCGAGACCAAUGUCGGACUGACCGAUCGCCAUGUCGUCUGGGAUGGCUUGAUGGAGGAGGAUCCCGUCAAGGCGGAGCGCAUCCGCAGCCUCCAGGCGCCUAACCGUGCCACCACCUGGGCUGCUAGCCAGCAACCGCGCGAGCAGGCCAUGGUUGGCCCUCGUUUUGAGCAGACCAUCAUGGAGACUCAGCCCCGCCCAAUGGCCGCCAUUGAGCUCAUUCACAAGCAGCCCGUUCGCUGGACAAAGUCCCGAGUCGUCAGCUGCGACGGUGGCGGUGGUCCUCUCGGCCACCCCAAGGUCUUCAUCAACACCGACAAGCCCGACAUCGCGACCUGCGGAUACUGCGGUGUCCCCUUCGCUCACGAGCAACACCGCACCUACCUCGAGUCCCUCCCCGCUACCAGCUAUCCCCUUGAGCCUACCAACGACCCCGCCGAGGUGAACGAGAGCCAGCGCGUCACGGAGGGUAGCCUCGAGCAGCGGUAGACGACUAGCAUCAGAUUCCUUAUGUCGGCGUUGUUUCUUCCCUUGCGUAUUUUAUAUUGGUUUUUUGGGCCCGAGGCCGUGUACAGAAAUAUCGAUCAAUGGAUCUGCCGUUCGUCCGCUGCGUGGCGAAGUGAAGUGUUUUAAGUCGUCGUGUUCCGAGAUUGUGGAAGAGGCUCUAACUAUCUACCUGAACCGUCUCCCCGAGUCAAAGUCCGCCGUGGUGCUGCCAGUGUAGUUGGCAAUGAUACGGGUUUGCUGUGUUCUUACCAGCGCCGCCAUAUAUAAAACCAAUUGGCCGUUUUAUAUCCGUAAACAAGAAAUGAAAUGUACCUUCAACCCAGGCCCCUCCCCCCCGUUAUAAAUGCUCGUUUGCUCCAUCACCGAGUCACGCCUUCUCACCCUGGAUGGUCGCAACCACCUUGCGCGUGUGCCGACUGGUACGGAACUCGAGGUACCAGAUACCCUGCCAGGUCCCGGUCGCCAGACGACCAUUGGAAAUGGGAAUAUUCACCGAAGCACCGAUGAGCGCAGACUUGAUAUGAG